AUGGGAAGUAAUGAUUCGUUCAUGGCUACUCAAAUGACACCGAUGGAGACGUCAGCGUCGAAGAUGUCUGACUUUUACAUUGGACUCGCUUUAGCCGUUUCAUCGUCGCUUUUCAUUGGCAGUUCUUUUAUCAUCAAGAAAAAGGCUCUCAUUAAGCUUGCAAAUGGUGAUGUGUCACAACGAGCAAGCGAAGGUGGUUACGGGUAUCUACGGGAGUGGAUGUGGUGGAUGGGAGUAAUAACAAUGGGACUGGGAGAAGCGUGCAAUUUUGCAGCUUAUGCCUUCGCCCCUGCCAGCUUGGUCACUCCUCUUGGAGCAUUGUCCGUACUGGUGACUGCUGUCCUUUCGUCGCGUCUUUUGAAGGAAAGGUUAAAU